UUUUCAACAACUGCGGAGUUUUGCAAUAAAGAAGUUGAUUGUAUAUAAAAUAAACUGAGCAUUUUAAUGCAAAAAUAUGCAUUGCAUCUGUAUGCGAAAUUUAAAAAUAAAUUUUAAUCAAUGAAAAUAAUUGUAAACAAAUAUUCGAGAUAAGAAUAAAUAAAACGCAAUGCGACCGAUACGAGCAAUACAUUUUACAAAACUAUUGACGCAACCAGCGGCCGGUUUAUUAUUCGUUUUGAUAUUUAUGUGCCACAAGAAUGAUUUCAACUUAAUUGAGACUGCUGCCGAUGUGAUAACGGAUCCCAAAUUCAGUUUUCCAAUCGUGAAUGUAACAGCGUCUGUCGGGCGUGAAGCAUUUCUCACGUGUGUUGUGCAAGAUUUGGGAUCGUAUAAGGUCGCGUGGCUGCGUGUAGACACCCAAACAAUUUUAACUAUACAAAAUCAUGUUAUCACAAAAAAUCAACGCAUCGGCAUAACGAAUUCCGAACAUAAAACGUGGACUAUGAAAAUCAAAGAUAUCAAAGAAAGUGACAAAGGCUGGUAUAUGUGUCAAAUUAAUACAGAUCCGAUGAAGAGUCAGAUGGGCUAUCUGGAUGUGGUAGUCCCGCCGGACAUCCUCGAUUAUCCCACCAGCACGGAUAUGGUUGUGCGCGAGGGUAGUAAUGUGACGCUCAAAUGCGCGGCUACGGGCUCACCAGAGCCGACAAUUACAUGGCGACGUGAAAACGGAGUAGCCAUUGAAUUGGCCAACGGUACCGAGGUGCUAAGCAUCGAAGGUGUCAAUUUGGUUUUGCCACGAGUGAAGCGCCAGCAUAUGGGCGCAUACCUUUGCAUAGCAUCGAAUGGUGUGCCGCCAUCGGUGAGCAAACGAAUAACGCUGAUUGUGCAUUUUCCGCCAAUGAUAACUGUACAAAAUCAGUUAAUCGGCGCAGUGGAGAGUAAAGGUGUUACUUUGGAAUGCCAAUCGGAAGCCUUUCCCAAGUCAAUUAACUACUGGACGCGGGAGCGUGGUGACAUAGUGCCACCAGGUGGCAAAUAUACAUCGAAUGUAACUGAAAUUGGCGAAUAUCGCAGCUCAAUGAAAUUGCACAUAAAUCCCUUGACGCAAGCAGAAUUUGGCGCUUACCGCUGUGUGGCAAAAAAUUCGCUGGGCGACACCGAUGGCACCAUAAAGUUAUAUCGAAUACCACCGAAUGCUGUGAAUUAUGUGGAGAACUCCGAAGGACGUUACAAAGGAGGUGGCAAAAAACGCAUCAAGAGCUCAGAGCUUUAUCAUCAGUCAAAAGCGGGCGAUGGCGGCAGUGAGGAGUCGGAAAAUCCGGGCAAACGAAAAGAUAUGAUACUUGGCAAUGAACUGGAGGACGGGUUCUACGACUCAGCUGCUGCUACAACGCAUUGUCAACAAAAUAAAUUGACACUGACAACAUUGCUGCUGUUCACGACAUUGUUACUGCUUAGAAAAGUUGCAGUGCUGAUAGACGCCUGACAGCUCCUGGCUGCUGAGCUAUUGAUACACUGAUGACAUUGUGGUUGCGGUGUUAGAGUAACUGUUAAGGCUAAAAGGAUUUACUGUUGCCUGGUAUGAUUAGUA